AUGGACGAAUCCUACCAGCAGCGGUUUAAAACCGAUUUCUCCGCUCUUGGAGCGGGUAAAUCACUGGGAUUCGGCAAUGAGCUGAUCACUGCAACAGAAAAUGAAGAUGAUUUUGAUUUGAUGAACGAUGAAACUUUUGGUGGCGAUAUUGAUGAUGUUGGAUUUGAUUGGGAAGAGCAAACAGAAAAAUUUGCUGGUGAAUUUGAAGGCACAAUUCCUUCAAACUCCCAUCUUUCCAACAAAACUAAGGACUCUGGGUAUGAUACUGUGGAGAAAAGCUAUCAGUCCCGUGAGGAAUACCUAGAGCAUAACCUUAGUCAACUUGUUGUGGAUGAUGAAGAUGACAUUGAUGACCCAGCUAUUCUCAACGCCAGCAAGAGCCAACCCAUACCACGCAAGAAACAUCAGAACCUUGACGAGAUCUUUGGUCCAGCUUCCCCGCCUGGAUACCUAGAUACAGAGCAUUUGGUGUCACCCUCCAGUAAAAACAUUUGGGGCUCACCAGUGAAGGAUACAAACAUGCCAUCCACCAUCAAUAAUCUGCAGUCUCUCUUUGAUUUUGCAGCCAAGGCUGCAACUCAAGGCACUCCUAGAAGGGAAUCACCGGUGAUGUCGACACCAGACCGACAGCCAGGGCCAGUAGUGACAGGAAUGUCUAGAGGACGUGGUGCCACACUGGAGGAGAUAGAACAACAGAUGAUGUCACAGUCACACUCAAUUAAGAAGCCUAUGACAGCAGAGGAGCUGGAGCGGGAAAUGCGAGGCGAGGCUAGGGAUCAGCAGGUGCCCCAGAUGCCCCUUCACCAUCCACGAAGCCCUUAUUCUGUUCCACAUAACAUGCCUCCACCAUUACCUGGCUCCCCUGCCUUCGUGGGAUCCCCAGCAGGUCAUGGACCCCCAAGGUUUCAUCAAGCACAGAGAGUGCCGCCAGGAUUCAGUCCUAUUCAGGCUCAACAUUUGUUAGAGGGGAGGCGAUCUCCAUUGAUGGGUGCCACACCCCCUGCAGUGGGGUCACCUGGGGUCAUGGGUCAACACCGAGGAUCACCACAGAUAGGAAUGUCUGGUAUAUCCCCUAUUACAAGGUUGACCCCAUCACCUCCACCAGGGGCUCCCCCGGGGGCUGGGGUACCAAACCGCUUUCAGUCACCAAUUCCGACGCGAAUGAUGUCCCCAUAUGCGCGAGGUGCCAUGAUGGGCCCCAUGGGAAAUAGGUUGCCAUCACAACCAAUAGGUAUCCCACGGCAACAGCUCCAGCAACGUCCGCCAACCAAUCAGAGUCCAUACAAUAAUAGUCCUGGUGGUCACUUCCCUCAAGGAUCAUCUCCAGGAGGGCCAUAUCACAGUUCUGGGCCCAACCACAGUCCAGCAGGUCCAGGCCCUAGGGGACCCUAUCCAACACACCCUCCAGGAGAGAGAGGACAACAUCCUCAAGGUGAUCGAUAUAUGCAUCAGGGUGAGAGGGGCUACCCUCCACAGGGUGAUGGUUACACUCCACAACGGGAUAGAGGAUACCAUCUCAAAGGUGAUCGAUACACUCCUCAAGGAGAGCGGUACCAUCGAGGGCGAGGAGUCCACCGUGGAUAUCAUAACAAUAAUAACAGAGGUUAUCGAGAUAACAGAUACGACCAUGACUAUGAUAACAGAGACAGGAACAGUUAUGAACAAAGGAAUAAUUAUGACCACCAUAACAAUCAUCGUCGCUACUACUCCUACCAAAAUGACCAGGAGAAUCGGCCCUCUGACGAGUAUGCUGGUCUGAUGACGAAGAAAGAAAAAGACUGGAUCAUUAAGAUUCAACUGAUGCAGCUACAAACUGACAACCCUUAUCUAGAUGAUUUCUACUACACAACUUACAUGUUAAAGAAGAAGAUGUUAGAGCGCCAGAAGAUGACACAGAAUGGCAUUAGCAGCAAGGAAGAUGAUCCAAAACUGAUUAUCCCAUCUCUUGGAAAGCUGGAAACUCGUGCUUACAAACCAGCCCAGUUUGAAGGUUCUCUAGGUCGUCUAACCACUUCCAGUGUGCACAAUCCACGUCAGAUAAUUGAUGUGAGGUCACAUGUUCAUGGUUUGGAUGAUUCUGAUGGUAAGAAUACUAGUAAAGAGUUACGAAGAUCACGACAACUGCUCAUGGAGAUCGAAAAGGGCUAUGACUUGCUGUUGGAGGUGGAUGACAUAGAGAAGAGGAUAUUAGCAUUACCGGAGGAGUCUAGGGUACCACUGGCCACUGAAAGAUUAGAGCUACUGCACAGUCUACACAGCUACCUUACUCAUCAAAACAGCUCUGAGCACUUCCUAUCUGUGAUGUCAUUGAGAAAAGGGAGAAAACUGGUUGCCCGUGUUCUUCCCUUACUGGGAAAGGAUUUAUCAGAAAGUUUGAUUUCAUUUGUCCUGAGAAAUCUUCAAGCUCUCAUCAAGAGAGACCAGAAAGAGGAGGGCCUGAUGGUUCUACAUAAUCCUGUUACUCAAGUAUUGGACACCUGUGAUCUUGACUCGCUUGUCAAGUUCUCCAGAGAACUACAGCAGGAAUCUAGUAGUAACCAGUCCAAAUCUGUAGCUGUCGCAAUUCAGAACAAAUUUGGCAGUUCUGUGAUCAGUAGUCUCCUACACAGGGGUGAAACUCUCUACAUAAAAACGUCUCCUCUAGACCUAGACAACCAGCUACAAAGUAUAUGGUGCCAGUUUGUUCAUGACUUUGCUGGUAUAUUAGCAGUAGUACCAGCAGAAUCUCUGGUACACCCUAUGUACCAUCACACGAGCAUUAACGAUCAUUUUGACCGUCUACUUAAUAAGAAACUCAUUGCUGUUGUAGAAGACAAAGUGAAACUAUUUACAGAACCUCCCAUGUAGUGUGAAUGUCAAACAGUAUUUCUAAUGGUACUGUGAUAUAGUGACUUAUCUUGUCUCCAUUCUUAAUUACUUUGCCUUUUGUAGCUAACAAGUCUCCAUGUGGAGCAUUAAACUUAAAUAGUAUGAUGUAUGCUGUGCACAUUACUGAUAACAUGAUGUGCGUGUGUGAUUCUGUACAAUGUUUGCAGGACAUGGUGUUAUCUAAUUGUAAAUGGUGCAUUGGUGAUUAUGCACAAUGUAUGCGGUACAGAAUUAUAUUCAUUUGUGAUAUUUGAAUUAAGUAGACUUUGUGAUUUUUAUUGAGAGAAAGGAAAGUGAGGUGUGAUUUCUGUCUUUGCUAAACAGUAUAAAGCCUUCUGAACUCAAAAAUGAUCAGCUCCAAAUGAUUGUUUUCCAAAAUGUUUCUUUAAAUCGGAUUUGGCAGCACACAGUAAAUUGUAAUACAAAUAAGAGCUUAAAUACUUAAAUUUGUAGGAUUUUUAGAAUACUCAUUAAUGAAACAUUAAACAGAUUAAGAUUGUAUUAAAGAUGUUCAGGUGUGCAGGGAUGAUGUUCAAAUUAUUGGAAAUAUUGAGGAUGAACAUACAUUCGGGACCUUGUGUUUUAUGCAUUUCAUAUACUGAAAAAAAAUAAAAGACUGAUCAUUUUCUGUCAUGUAAGGCAGAAGGCAGACCAACAUCAAAAUUUCUUAAUAGAUAAUGCAUUUAUCUUGUCCAUAUUUGAGUUAACUUGGCUUAACUAUAUACAGUGAAAUUUGCCUGAUCGGAUGCCUCUAUGUUCUGACAUCUUGUUUAAUCAAAGUUAAUUCCAUAUCAUAUGAAAACUGGGACCUGCCUAAUUCAACAUGAUAUUGUAUCUGAUCAAUAUUGGUCCACAUGAUCUUUGACCAAACAGGUUUCACUGCAUAUUUCUGUUGGAUUACUUAUCGUUUUUUGGAUUUUCUUGAAAACUAAUAUAUAUUGAACAUUUUGUGAAUAUUGGAGUAAUUAUAUCAGGGAAAAGUUUUUGACCAUCUGCCCUAAUUCUGAAACUUUGUCUGAUUUUGAAGGGUGAAUUUGUGUAUAUUUGUAACUUUUUCUUCUGUAACUUUGAAGACAGAUGGAUAUCAAAGUUUUUGUAAAAUCAUUCAGAUGUAAAUUUAAAAGAAUAUUAAUAGUACAUUCUGUUUCAAAGUAUGAAGUGUUUUACAAUUAUAUUUUACUUCAUUUGUGUGUAAAUUUUGACAUUUCUUUCAUGCUAAGUCAGCGAUAUUGUCACAAAGUUUAUAUCAUAUGUAAUUAUACUUACCAUAAGUAAUGAAUUUGAUUAGUUUAAUAACCCAAAGUCAUGAUUUUGAAGUCAAUGUUGAUUUUGUUUUUUUAACCAAAGGUGAAAUUUUGGUGGAAAAGAUUUGAUUGAUCAUUAAUACUUACAGAAUUUAUCAUAUUUGUGACAUACAUGACUGUGACUGAAAAAUAACGGGAAGUUACUGGGUAACUUGACGGAACAUGUUCUGUAUCAUUGCAUUUGGUUUAUUUAUGCAUUUAUUAUUGUAUUCUGAAAGAUAAAUCAUAAAUAUGUACAACAGAAACCAUAUUGGAUUUCACUGAGAUAUCAUUGUAAUGUAGACUGAUAACUUAUAUAUUCAUCACUUUGUUCACUUUUUGUACUGCAUGGAUUUAAAGACUAUUGGUUCAAAUAUAUUUCAUUGGUUAAAGAACAAUCAACGGGAUUGGGCACAAGUUCUGACAACUAACUAGGCCCUAUCCUCCUCUAUAACAGUGAUGCUUUUGUGAAAUGAUACUGAAAAAUGUUUUCAGCCCUUUAAUCUUAGUUACCUACCUUUGGUAAACCCUAUGUUCACUUCUAUCUUUAAAGGCAGUACUUAAGGGCAUAUGCUGCCAUUUCCACCCUUUUCUGUAGAGUCAUACAAAAAAAAUGAUAGAUUUCUUUUAUAACAAUAAUUUGAACUUUGUUCAUAGACAACACUUUGAAAAAGGUUAGAUUAUAAAUUAAUAUUAUGGUAACUUUGACACUUUGAAAAAGGUUAGUUAUUACAUCCUGGUUAUGUAAGAGUUAAUGUGAUUGUAAAGCAAAAGGUGGAAAUAAUACAGACAACUUGUUUAAUGUGUAAGGUAGCUCACAAACGAAGGUCAUUUAGAAAAAUGUUUUAAUGUAAAAUAUAGUCAACAUGAGAGUAUUGUUCUUUGAUUAAUGUAUUUUUCACAGAAAGAACAAAGAUUUUGUGCAUUCUUGCAGAGUACCCAUGGAUGAAUUCAUUGAUAAGCAUUUACCCCCACCUCAGUAUUCAUUAGGGAUAUAUUGUUAUUUUCAUAAUAUGAGACAAGUUUGCAUCAAACUUGAAACGAUUCUUGUCAAUCAUUAUUUAAAAAAAAAACAUGUAAAAAUUUUCUGGCAAAUGUAAUGAUUCCCAAUUUACAACUUUUCGAGUUUGUUCAAUAUAGAUGUUUAAUUACAGGCUGUAAUUCUGGUUUGGAUCAAGUUUCAAGUGACACAUUGUUUUGUUAAUGUGUUGAUGCAAUUUAUUUGCAACUAUUUGGAAUGUGCUGUUAUUAUUAAUUUCUCCAAUUACUUUUCUCUGGAUGAAUAAUACAAAAUUGUCCAAAUUUUUCCAAGCUGAUUCCUAGCACUGUCACUACUAUGUAGGCAUAUUGUUGUGUUUUAUGGUAAAGUUGAUUUGAUAGCAGUCUUGUUAACUGUAGGAUGGAAACUGUCACACUGGACAAAUAUUUAUGAAAUUAAUUUUAUAGUGUAGAUUGGUAUGACUUUGUCAAGAUCUCAUUUUUUCCAAAUGGCAUUUGUACUUGUACAUAAUAGAAAAAAUUCAAAACUGCUUAACAUUGCUUUAUUGAUUUUACUACAUCAGUUUGGUCAUAAAUAUUCAACAUUUACUUACUAAAAUACUGGUGUACAACAACAUUAUGAAUGUUCCAUGCUUAAUAACCACCUUCUUUGAUAUGUUGUGCAAUAGCUUAUGAAUAUUCAUUAUUCAAUUUCCAGCUUCUGAUUAUGAAUAUGUAGCACUUCAUUAUGUCAUGCUAAUAAAGACAUAGUAGGGGAGUAUAUGGGUAUAGUAGGGUUACUACUUUACCUGAGGUGAUAAUAGAUGACAUUGUAAGUGAUGAUGAUUUCUUCUGCCAGGGCUAUCAAUAACAAAGUUAAUCACCAUAUACAGUAUUUAUAACUUAGAAGAUAGAUAUUCUAGUGGUAAUGUAUUGAUAUGUGUAAUUGCCUUUAAUUUCGGCUGGGGAUGGGUGUCAUAUUUGUAUAUGCAGGACAUAUUAUUUCAUUUUGAUAUCAAAGGUCAGUGAUGUGGCCACGUAAAGGUCAAAUAUAUGAGACGGGUUGAUAUUUACGAGUACUGUUGAUAGAUUUGUGAUGGUUGUAUGAGAGUAUACAGAGUCUGUGGGGCGACAUUGGUUAGGCCCAGGGCGAUAUAUGAUUAUGCCCUUACAACACAGAUUGGACCCAGUGUAUUAAGCCAAGGGCGAUAUAUGAUUAUGCCCUUACAGUACAGGGUGACAUGAUGAUGCCCUUACAGUCAGGGCUGUAUGAUUUUGCCCUAUCAGCACAGACUGGACCUAGUUCUUUAAGCCCAGGGCGAUAUAUGUUUAUGCCCUUAGAGUUUGAACCCUCUGUGUACAGAUGAACGAGAUAAUCGUGUUGUAACAUUACAUUGAUUAGUGCUUUGUUUUCUUUCACAUGUGCUAUAAGUAAAUUAUCUUUGUAUCUUU